UUAUAUGGUAAUGUUUCAUUAGUUGUCAAAAUGGUUAUCCAGACAAAAGUUUCUCGAUUGUCGUAGCUAUUAUAUACGAAUACCUUGAUUGCUAAUAAUAAAUAUAAUCCUGGCAACGUUUCAUACAGUUAAAAACAUUGGCUAACGUCUUUUGUUCUACAAGCUGGAAAUCGUCACUAACUGAAGAAAAUUAGCCGCUGAAGUGAGGAGUUGACGACUGGACCUUGGUUUUAUCUAGUUAACAUUUAACCCGUUUAGUGUACGAUUUUAUUAUGAUUAGUAUUUGAGCAAAAUCGGGGUUUUUUUUCCUAGUUGAUCUAAACUGAUUUGCUGUGAACAGCCUUGAUGGCUAACGCCAAAUACCUCUGAACAACUUGGCACAUUUCAAUGAUCUGACCAUGAGACGGAGCCCGACGAGACCCCUGAUUCUCAAAAGAAGAAAACUGCCUUUUCAUCAAAAUGCGACUGAUUCACAGCCUGGAGAAUCAGGCUCCAAAGAACCAUCAAAACCAGCUGCCACUCAGAGCUUUUCUGAUGGUAUCCGCAUCAUGGACCAUCCUUCUAUGUCUGAUACUCAGGUGGUUGUCAUUCCCGAAACAGCAGAAGUUCAAAGUGUUAUUGGGGCCCUCACAGCUAAAGACAAUGAAUGUGGUGCCCAGGGCCCAAACAAGCUCAUUCUUCUGAGUGGAAGUGGAAGUGACAACAAGUGGGACUAUGGACCUGAUUCUCAGUCUGCUGCUGAAGGGGCUGCUACAAGGAGUACAGAAGGACAUAAAGUGAAAGCUGAAACUACACGCAGUUUCCCAGUCAAUAAGGAUAUAAACUGCGGUCCUUUCGAUGACAGCCUUACCGACCUUCACUGGUUGGGUAAGAUGAGCACAUGUGCCUUGGAGCCAAAUUCUACAAAGCAGCUCAGCAGCAAGGAGAACCAAAACCCUUUACAGACUUUUCAGGCACACAAUACACAUACCAGUGCAGACGCUCCUCAGCAACCCAUUUCAGAGAGGCCACCAUACUCCUACAUCGCCAUGAUCCAGUUUGCUAUCAAUAGCAGAAAGAACAGGAGGAUGACCCUAAAAGAGAUUUACAUGUGGAUUGAAGACAAUUUCCCUUACUAUAGAGAUGUAGCCAAACCAGGCUGGAAGAAUUCCAUCCGCCAUAACCUCUCUCUGCAUGACUUGUUCAUUCGUGAAACGUCGCCAGAUGGUAAAAUGUCUUUCUGGACUAUCCGACCUGAAGCCAAUCGAUACCUCACACUUGAUCAUGUGUACAAGCACCAAAAGAGGACACUUCCAGAUGCAAGAAAAACACCAACUAGCUCUGAGAGAAAGAUGAAACCUCUUCUGCCUCGAACUGAUUCCUGCUCUGUGCCCAUACAGCUCCCUGUCACUCCUGUCUAUCUGCCAUCCACUUCUACUCCUUUUCCUCCACCCUUCUCCCAACAGAAUGGGAACAAUUCACGAGCAGCAAAGAGAGUCCGCAUAGCACCGAAGGUGACACAAAGUGAUUCCCCAGCUGUGAUGAUAUCUCCUCAGAAGAAUACGGACUUUAAGGUAGAAGUGAAGGAGGAGGUGGUAUGUGUUCCAAUUAAAUGCGAGACCCCCAAAGCUCCUCCAAAGAGACAAGCCAGCAGCUCACAGCGCAAACAACGUUUGGUUCACUCUGUGAAUGAAGAGCCUGUUCUCCUCUGCCACGAAAGUAAUUUCUUUGACUCUGAUGCUUCGACAUUCCAGGACAAUCUACGUAUUGAGAUAGCUGAAGACAAGCACGAGCAGGAAAGCCCAGAUAGGGAGUUCUCAUUCAAAUCCCCGAUAAAAAGUAGCAGCCAUUUCACCUUGUCCACCCCCAGCAAGCCGCCUUCUCAUGUUGCGUCUUUUAAAGUGACCCCGGUGGGCAAAGGAAGCCAAAAUAUUCUGGACUUCAGCCCUAUUCGUACACCAGGUGGUCCCACAGUUACUCCACGACACGACUACACCACCUUCAGCUUCAGCAGCACUCCCUUUAAAGACUUGCCUCUGUUUAACUCCCCAAGAGAGCUGCUCACAUCCGCUCCCUCCAGAGUGACCGGACCAGCAGAGUCGCCCACCGAAUGCCUCAAAAGUAGCUGCUCCAGAGAGCUUCUGCAGGGAGGCAGCUUCUCUGGUCUGGAUGAUGACGACCUUGGUGGUCCCACAGUUACUCCACAGCAUGACAACACCACCUUCAGCUUCAGCAGCACUCCCUUUAAAGACUUGCCUCUAUUUAACUCCCCAAGAGAGCUGUUCACAUCCGCUCCCUCCAGAGUGACCGGACCAGCAGAGUCGCCCACUGAAUGCCUCAAAAAUAGCUGCUCUGGAAAGCUUAUGUGGGGAGGAGGCGCCGCACCAGCCAAUCGCUCAAUCACAGAGGGUCUCGUCUCGGAUACCUUGAACGACAACCUGAACAAGAUAUUGUUGGAUAUUAGCUUGUCUAGUCUUGAUGAUGAUGACCUUAGUAUGGCAAACAUGACCUGGUCUGAGUUAUUCCCUCAGUUGAAGUAGUCAGAUGGCCGAAUCAGACUCUAUGGCUGAGCAGUGUCACCUGUUUUUAAGGGGGGAAAAGUGUAACAUUGUAACGUUCUUUCUUUGAAUUUCUUCACAUAUUUGGCCACUUUGUGUUUUAUGGUUUUCCUUUUUUGCCGUAUUUGUCUGUCUUCUUGAAGGACAUGAAUUCAUUUCUUGAAAGAAUUAAUUAUAUGUGUCAAUAAUUAGUUAC